AUGGGCUCGUCCAAGGAAGUUAUCAUCAUUGGCGGGGGCGUAUCUGGCCUCGGCAUGGCGGUGCAGUUGAAACGCCUGUUAGGCCAUGACAACUUUACUAUCUACGAAAAAUCCGAUAAUAUAGGAGGGACCUGGUGGCAUAAUAGGUAUCCCGGCUGUGCUUGUGAUAUCCCGAGCCACUUCUACUCUUUCAGUUUUGCGUUGAAGCCUGACUGGACUACAAUGUACCCCGGCCGUGAUGAGCUGCAUGCUUAUUUCGUAUCUGUGGCUGAAAAAUACGAUAUUAUCCCGCACUGCCGGUUCAAUGCCAUGUGUCUCGGUUUGGUGUGGGAUACCGCCCGUUCACUGUGGGUGUGCACUUUCCAAGACACCAGCAGCGGAGAGAUAUACAAAAGGGAAGCUCCAGUGGUAGUCAGCGCAGUUGGCACGCUGGAUCGUCCCUUCGUCCCUAAUAUCGAGGGCUCUGACACUUUCGAGGGCAAGACCUUCCACAGCGCACGUUGGGAUGACACAUUAAAAGCCUCUGGGAAGCACAUCGUCGUCCUAGGCAACGGAGCAUCUGCCACUCAGUUUGUGCCCGAGUUAGUGAAGGAAGUUGGCCCAAAAGGAAGUGUCACCCAGUUUGUUCGAAGUGCCCAUUGGUGGACAAAAAGGGGAAACCCGAAGUACUCAGAAGCCUUCAAAAUGCUGAUGAAACACGUGCCAUUUGCAGCACGCAUCUACCGGCUUCUUCUCGCAUGGGAGCUUGAGAGCGUGUUCUUUUCCUUUCGCAUGAAUGCGAACGGUAGCAGGAUGCGUCAGAAGAUUCGGGACGCCACGUACGCCUAUAUCGAAAAAGAUGCUCCGCCAGAGUAUCGUGAAACUCUAAAGCCCAACUACGAGCCGGGCUGUAAGCGACGAGUCAACACCGCUACCUACCUCUCUUCGCUUCAUUCGCCACAGAUGUGUUUGACCAAGGAUCGGGUCGUGAAGAUCGGUCGGGACCAUGUUAUUACUGAAACUGGUGGCCGAUACCCCGCGGAUGCUAUUAUUUACGCUACGGGCUUCCUCACCCAGGAGUGGCUCCAUCCUAUCAAAGUCAAAGGAAUAGGAGGUAGGGACUUGCAUCAAGUGUGGGAUGCUUCGGGUGGUGCCGAGGCCUACAAGGGCACUGUGGUCACCGGAUUUCCGAAUUUUUUCAUCCUCUACGGUCCGAAUGCAGCUACUGGUCAACAUUCUGUCAUCUUCCACUCGGAAUGUCAGAUCAACUAUUCGUGCAGACUCCUACGCAAGGUUUUAGGCGGGUCAGCAGACUCUAUCAUGGUGAAACCGUUGGCUCAGGAGCGGGACCUUGCUUGGGUCCAUAGGAAGCUCCAGGGGCUUGUUUUCAACAGUGGCUGCCAGAGCUGGUGGAUGGACCCUCACACGAAGAAGAACACGUUCAUCUACCCAGAUCCUAUGUACUUGUACUGGGCUCGUACCAUCUUCCCUCGCUGGUCAGACUUCGAAAUCCGAAAGGUCCAGGCGGGAUAUUCGUUCGCCAUAGUCGCCGUUGGUAUUGCAGUGUCCCUGAGUGCACUGACCUGGUCUUUCGCCUCACUUCCGCAUAUCGCCAGGUGGACUGCGGGAUUGAGUUGGAUAGCUAGUGGAAAGUGGAUGACAGCCUAUUUGUGA